AUGAAGUUCUACGUUGGAAUUAUCUUUGCCGCGGCCGCCUCUACCCGGGUCCUUUCUGCUGCCGUCUCUGACACCGCAGCUGAAUGUGGCAGUCUCGGCGUCAUGUCGAUCGACAACAUUCCCGAGGACGUUGAUGCUGCCAACGUCCGCAAGUGUGCUAAUCAUCCUCUCGGCCGCAACCGCCCCUUGGCUGAGACAUCUUUGGGGCCAAUGGAGGAUUCCAAUGACACUUCGGUUGAGGCUCCCAGCCUCCAGGCAAGGGAUUGCUGGUUUGGCGCCGAAUAUGGAUGCACGAAAGGAUAUUGCUGGAGGACCUGUGGAACUGUCGGCAAGGGCACAUGGUGCUGGACUGCUAGUGAUGGCGGCACCGGUCCGUGGUACACUUGCAAAACCUACAGCGACUGUAAUAAGUCUCAACCUUGCGGCAAGAACUGCGACAAGUGCGGUUGCAGCUGUUAA